AUGAGUGAGGAACAAGAUCCAUUAUUAGCAGCUUUAAAUGAUCAAGCUCAAGAAGAAACUAGUACAAAUGAACACUCAAUAGCUCCUCAAGAUUCGUCUGUUCAAGAGACUUCUAAUAUCCCAGAAUCUGUCGAUCCUGAAAAAGAAGCAUAUAAUAAGGCAUUGACACAGUUUAAGAAGAAAUUAAUGGAGCAUCGUAGAUUUGAUGAUCAAUUGAAAGCGCGUAGACAAAAUAUACGAGAUUUGGAAGCUGAAUUCGAUAAGACUGAAAAUGAUAUUAAAGCGUUACAAUCCAUUGGGCAGCUGAUUGGUGAAGUCAUGAAAGAGUUAUCCACUGAAAAAUAUAUAGUCAAAGCAUCUUCUGGUCCUCGUUAUAUCGUAGGUGUUAGAAACUCUGUUGAUAGAACAAAAUUGAAAAAAGGUGUUAGAGUUACUUUGGAUAUCACUACAUUGACUAUAAUGAGGGUUUUACCAAGAGAAACAGACCCAUUGGUUUAUAACAUGACUACAUUCGAACAAGGUGAGAUAUCCUUUGAUGGUAUCGGUGGGUUGACUGAACAAAUCAGAGAAUUAAGAGAAGUCGUAGAGUUGCCCUUGAAAAACCCUGAAAUCUUUCAAAGAGUAGGUAUAAAGCCGCCAAAGGGAGUUUUAUUAUAUGGACCUCCAGGUACUGGUAAGACUCUAUUAGCUAAAGCAGUAGCAGCUACCAUUGGUGCAAAUUUCAUCUUUUCUCCAGCCUCUGGUAUCGUGGACAAAUAUAUCGGUGAAUCUGCAAGAAUCAUUCGAGAGAUGUUUGCCUACGCCAAAGAACACGAGCCCUGUAUUAUAUUUAUGGAUGAAGUUGAUGCCAUUGGUGGCAGAAGAUUCAGUGAAGGUACAUCUGCUGAUAGAGAAAUUCAAAGAACUUUGAUGGAGUUGUUAACACAAAUGGAUGGGUUCGAUAAUUUGGGUCAGACAAAGAUCAUUAUGGCAACUAAUAGACCAGAUACCUUAGAUCCUGCUUUAUUAAGACCCGGUAGACUAGACAGAAAGAUUGAAAUUCCUUUACCAAAUGAAGCAGGUAGAUUGGAAAUUUUUAAAAUACAUACUUCAAAAGUUAAAAAACAUGGUGAUUUUGAUUUUGAGGCCGCUGUAAAAAUGAGUGAUGGUUUCAACGGUGCUGAUAUUCGUAAUUGUGUCACUGAAGCUGGUUUUUUUGCUAUUAGAGAUGAUCGUGAUCAUAUUAUACCGGAAGAUUUAAUGAAGGCUGUUAGAAAAGUAGCUGAGGUGAAGAAGUUAGAAGGUACUCUAGAAUAUCAAAAAUUAUAA